AAUGGCUGAAUGAAUGAGGUAGAAGGGCUGACGUUGAUUCACUUGUGUUCCUGAAAAAUCUUUGCAGCAACUAAAACUCUGAGCUGAUUUGAUUCUCAGUUGAUGCUUUUCUGGGUUGAACUUUAAUUCUGACAGCUGGGAACGCUGGUUGCAGAGCAGACAUGAAACUUUUGCUGCUGCUGCUGCUGUUUCUGAUGCAGCAAGCUGCAGCUCAGCAGAGAGGACUUUUUCCAGCCAUCUUUAACCUGGCCACUAAUGCAGAGAUCAGCAGCAACGCCACAUGUGGAGCUCCAGAGCCAGAAGUUUACUGUAAACUGGUUGAACAUGUUCCGGGUCGUAGAAUGAAAAACUCACAUUGCUCAAGAUGUGACGCCAACUCCGUCCAGUCUAAAGAUUUUUCAAGUUGCCUACAUUAUAAUAAAAGCAGCCAACUCUCCACGACCAGGUAAUUGGAUCCUAGAACACUCUUUAGAUGGAGUGACCUUUGACCCCUGGCAGUUUUAUGCCAUUGGUGAUUCAGAAUGUUUGUCUCGUUACAACAUCACUCCCCGACUCGGGCCGCCCACCUACAGGAGUGACAUUGAGGUCAUCUGUACUUCCUACUACUCCAAACUGAACCCACUGGAACAAGGAGAGAUUCACACAUCCUUAAUUAAUGGACGUCCCGGAGCCGAUGAUUUGACCCCUGAUCUUCUGAACUUUACAUCAGCUCGUUACAUCAGACUGAGACUUCAGCGAAUAAGAACUCUUAAUGCCGACCUCAUGACAUUAAGCACCCAUGACCCACAAGACAUUGACCCAAUUGUGACCAGGAGGUAUUUCUACUCCAUCAAAGAUAUUUCUGUGGGUGGGAUGUGCAUCUGCUAUGGACAUGCCCAGAGCUGCCCAUUAGAUCUGGUUACAAAGAAGCUACAGUGUGUGUGUGAGCACAACACCUGUGGAGAAAACUGUAAUGACUGCUGCCCUGGUUACCAUCAGGUGCCUUGGAAACCAGGAACUAUCUCUGAGAGAAACACCUGUGAAAAGUGCAACUGUCACAACAAAGCCAUAGACUGUUUUUACAAUCAGACUGUUUCUGAACUCUCUUUGAGUUUGAACACUCAUGGUCUGUUUAAAGGAGGUGGGGUUUGUAUAAACUGUCAGCAAAACACAGCUGGUGUCAACUGCGAGACCUGCAAGGAUGGCUACUACAAACYCUCUGAGGUGUCUCCAUACUCAGAUUUCCCGUGUGUGGAGUGCAGGUGCAAUCCAGCUGGAUCAGAGUCCCAAGUCUGCAGCAGAGAUGACUCAGAACCAGGCCAGUGUGAAUGUAAAGAGGGCUUCACAGGUCAUCGAUGUGAUCAUUGUGCAUYUGGAUACAGCGAUUUUCCUCAUUGUGUUCAAUGCAAGUGUAACCCAGCAGGUAGCACCAACUCUGACCUUUGUGGCCCCUGUACCUGCAAGGUGAACGUGAUGGGAGUCCACUGUGAUCUAUGCAAACCAGGUUUUUACAACUUACAGGAAAGCAACGCUCUCGGAUGUACCAAGUGUUUUUGUUUUGGUGUUUCUGAUGUCUGUGAGAGUUCUGGCUGGGCCACAGCUCAGACUAUUUUUAGAGAUGGAAUACUUCAUCCGCCUGAUUCUUUCCAACUCCCACACAUUGAUGGAAAUAAACUCACAAUUAACAACAACACUUUGUCUGGCAAAAACCACCAGAAGGUGCUGUGGUGGGUGGCACCUAAAGCUUUCAUUGGCAGCAAGCUGGUAUCUUAUGGAGGGUUUCUCAAUUUCUCUGUGGUUUAUGAUAUUCCAUUGGACAACAAAUACCAAGUUCUGCCAGCCUACUGUGACAUCCUCAUUGAGGGGAAUGGUCAAGCUCUUCAUCUCUUGCAUCCUCUCGUUCUCUUACUCUCCCCUCUGGCUGAAAACAUGGUGGCUGUGGAAAUACUUCCUCAGCAAUUUGUGGAUGAUCAAAAUGGUGCACAAGUUAGUCGUGAUGAUCUGCUGUUGGUGUUAACUAACAUGACAUUACUGUUAGUCAGAAUUCACCUGAACACCUCAGCUGAAGGACAAAUACGGCUCAGCUCAGUCUCUUUGGACUUUGCAGAUUCCAGGUCAAGUUCUGGCAUUCAGGCAGUUGCCGUGGAGCUGUGUGAAUGUCCAUGGGGUUAUAGCGGCACUUCCUGUGAGGACUGUGCAGCAGGUUAUUUCCGGCAGACUGAGUCUGAGUUGUCUCUGAACAACCAAAAGUUGAUCUAUGUUCAUCCAUGCAUUCCAUGUCAUUGCAACAACCACAGUGAAAUGUGUGACCCAAAGACUGGAGUGUGUCAGAAUUGUCAGCACCACACCAGUGGGCAGCACUGUGAACUUUGUGCCUCAGGGUACUAUGGGAACAUCACUGGAUCCAUCAGUGACUGUUCUUUGUGUGCCUGCCCCCUACUGGACAACAGUUUCAGUCCCACCUGUGUGUCUGAUGGAGUUGGAGAGUUCCGCUGUACUUCCUGUCAGACAGGAUAUGAAGGCAGAUACUGUGAGAGGUGUUCUGUUGGGUAUUAUGGUAACCCUUCACUUCCAGGACGUGGGUGUUCACAGUGCAGCUGCAGUGGGUGGGGCUCCCGCCAUCUCAAGUGUGAUCAGCUCAGUGGGUACUGUGAGUGUAAGGCUGGGGUCAGAGGUCAGUCAUGUGACCAGUGUGAUGAGCACCACAUCCUGCAGCUGGGAGAGUGUUUGUCAUGUAAUGACAGCUGCACUGGCCUUCUGCUCCAAGACCUGGACAAAUUAAAUGACUACGUUCUGUCUUUCAAUCUGAGUAACUUCGUCAUGGCACCAUAUUGGCACCUGGUGCUGCUGGAGAAUCAAACCAGACAUUUAGAGGCUGAGCUUUCUUUGAAAACAUCUGAAAUGUCAUGUUUGUCUCAAGCGGAUGAGGAUUUAAAUCAUGUGACUUCUGAUCUCAGCGCUCUGCUACAGCGGGUCCAAAAUCAAUCUGACAACCUGGUGAAAGUUGAAAUCUCCACCAACAGUUUGGCCCAUGGUGCACUGCUGCUUGACAACAUUAGCAGCCUUCAAGACCUCAUUCAUGAGUUAGAGAACGAGACAAGACUUGUGGACUGGACAGAGCAGACGGUAACAUCAGCCCAUCAAAUGCAUCUAUUGGAAGAGAUGGAGUCCAUGCUGCGAACCAUCAGAGGUGUCAAUCUGACAGAAGCCAAGGCAACAGUCAGUCAGGAGCUUGGUUUUUCAGAGUCCCUCAUGAACAAACUGCAGGGGAUUAUAUUAUCUAACCAGACUGAGAAUGAGAAGAGACUCUGCCUCCUCAUCACCUCUCUGGACGACACCAUGACAACUCUGCAACAUGCACAUACUCAACUACAGAAUGCUGCACAGCUAAACACAGAAGCAGAUCACCUGCUGAAAGUUGUACAGAAUCAGCUGCAUCAAUAUCAGUCUGUUCAUCAGAACCUCAGUUUGGGGUUUGGAUCCAUGGAUGGACUACUGGAGGACAGCCAGGUGCUGCUGGAGGACAUCAUACGUCUAAGCGAGGAGUUAACCAAUGGCAGCACAGUGGAGCUGUUGGCGUCUCAGCUGGAUCGUUGGCAGCUUUUACUCAGGAAACAUGUGGACACUCUAGUUGCUGGAAUGAAAAUGACAGAUGCUCUUAAAAACAUUUAUCGUGCAGAGAGUCAUGCCYACGACAUUCAAAGCCACGCCCAAUCCAUGCACAG